AUGAUAUUAUAUGAAUAAAUUAGUGACGAAGAUUAAUUUAUUGAUUGUUUUUCAUAAGGAAAGGUACUGUGUUUAUAUUAGGAAAGAUUAUUUUCAAGUAAAUUAAUAAUUAAUGAAGUUUACAGACUUCUUUUGUAAAUAACACCAUUGGAGGAUAAUCAAAAUAAAAUUCGGAAAAUAAUUUCACAGUUUUAUACAAUUUUAAUGUCAAAUACCUUUUAAAGGAGAAAUUUUUAGUGUAGAUUGUAUAGAAAUUAUUCAAAGUUUAAAUUAUUUACUUAAUAAUAUUAUUUUAAAUGCUUAGAAGAAGUCAUUUUUAAUUGA